UAUAUAUACUUGUAUCGUAUAUUCACGCUUGUAUCGUGUAUACACAUUUGUACCGUAUAUUCACGUUUGUAUCGUAUAUACACACUUAUAUCGCGUAUCGUAAUCCUUCAUUUUUCGGUGCAACGUGAUCAUUGCCAAUUGUUAAUUGGUUCUCGUACAAAAUAUUUGCAACGGACAGCUUGUUCGUCUCUUCAAAAGUAACGGUAUAUACAUACAUACGUAUAUGUAUAUGAACAUGUACAUGUAUACACAUAUAUUGUAUAUUUGAGCUUUCUCGUCGAUCUGUGCCAUCGAAACCGAAGUUCGAGAGGGACGAACGAUCUUCGUCCGGUUUAUGCGAAAUAUCGAACGAAGUAUCGGAAAAGGCGUAAUACCUAGUUAGCUAAAAAGGCACAAAGUUGCGCGUUAUGGGGUUCGAUGUGAACCGAUUUCAAGGAGAUGUGGACGAAGAACUCGUCUGUCCGAUUUGCUCCGGUGUUCUCGAAGAUCCUGUCCAGGUGAGGAAUAUGUUACAGGCUCCUGUAUGUGAACAUGCUUUCUGUCGUUCAUGUAUCAACGAAUGGAUAAACAGACAACCGACUUGCCCUUUGGAUCGUACUCCCAUUACCUCUGCACAAUUGAGAACAGUUCCAAGAAUUCUUCGAAAUUUAUUGGCUCGUCUAUGUAUCACUUGUGAUAACAUUGUGUAUGGAUGUCAAGUAAGCAUCAAAUUGGAUAGUUUAGGAACACAUUUAGAACAGUGUGAAUAUAAUCCCAAAAGACCAACGUUAUGCGAACAAGGUUGUAAUCUUAUUAUUCCAAAAGAUGAAUUAAAAGAUCAUAAUUGUGUAAGAGAACUUAGAAGUUUAAUACAGUCUCAGCAGCAAAAACUAGCUGAUAUGAAAAGAGAUUUAGGUGAACAACAACUUCAAAUAAACGAACAUAAACGAGAAAUACACUUAUUAAAAGAUUUUAUGAAAGCAUUAAGAGUAUCGAAUCCAGCGAUGAGAGCUAUUGCUGAUCAAAUGGAAAGAGACGAAGUAGUAAGAUGGUCUGCAACUCUUCCUCGUGCUAGAGUUACCAGAUGGGGAGGGAUGAUCUCAACGCCAGAUGAAUCAUUGCAGAUAAUGGUCAAGAGAACAUUGUCCGAAAAUCAUUGUCCACCUCACAUCAUCGAUGAACUAAUGGAAAAUUGUCAUGAAAGAAAAUGGCCAUCAGGCUUAAAUUCUUUGGAAACUAGACAAAAUUCAAGAAGACAAUAUGAAUAUUACAUAUGCAAGAGAGUGCCUGGAAAGCAAGCUGUUUUAGUUCUUCAUUGCGAUAAUACGCACAUGCCAGAAGAUAUGAUCAUUGAGCCUGGUUUAGUGAUGAUUUUUGCUCAUGGUAUUGAAUAAAUAAACAUAUGAAGAGCCAUCAAAUAUCAAGGUGCUUUUAGGAACAAAAAUGAACUUCAACAAGUUGAGUGUAUCCAGUUGAUGUUUGCUAUGAUUCCCCAAUGAUGCAUACAUAUUAGCUUUAUGCAUGUGUGCACAUUUUAAGAGGUUUGGGUGUAUUAAUGUCUCCCACAAACUGCAAUUUGCAGAAAUAGUAAAAACCGAUUAAUCCAUAACUUUUGUGAUACGUGAAUGUACAGACACAAUUGCCACAUACAAAAUCUAAUUAAAUGUCUGAUUGUUAUACUGUGAUAUGAUAUAUUAAUUUGUUGGAAAAGUUCCUGAGAUUAUUUGAUGAAUAGCAAACGAUUCCAAAUUUAUUAUUAUAGGAUUUUAAUAGAAUUAUUAUAAUAUUCCAAAUUUAUUAUUAUAAGAUUUUGCUUUAAAGAUUUUUUUAAUUCAUCUGUAAUGGAUUAUUUAUCAUCUAUUUCAGGAAAUUUUUUGAAUAUUUUAGGCUUUUUUAAGUGUUUUAUUACGAUAACUUUAAAAAAUGUAAAAAAUAAUGCAUAGAUUGUAAUGAUAUAAUAUUUACUAUUAAUAAGCGCUCAAUGUGUUCUUAAGAAACAAGAAACGAUCUCUGAAUAUACAAUGUAUACAUUGGUCUUAUAAAUUAUAGUAAAAUUAUUGCUAAUGAUUAUGAAAUGAUCAGGACAUUAUGCAGUAUUAGACAAUUAAACAGUGGUUUAAUGUUUUUCAGCAACUUCAACACUGCUUUGUAUAAUCAUAAGCACAAAAAACUAAUUUAUUUAAAAUUUCAUACAAGUAACACAUGUAAUGAAAGUGAUUCAUGAUGCAUAAAACCUUAUCAAUUUUUCUUGACUGUCAUUAAUAGCAGACUGUAAAAUAAAGCGAUAGUAAUCUUAUAACUGCUCUUACAAUUAGACAAAUAAUCCUUUAUUGUUUUUGUAAUUAAUCAAUGUUACAGAUUAUUAUAUCUAAUUUAUAAGCACGAAUGACUGAUCAGAGAUAAACUAUUGUAAUUUUAUAUUCACCAAGAAUGCAACAGAAAAUGGAUAAAGAAAGUUAAUAAACAUGAUUUUUUAAAUAACAA